AUGGGGAGCCGUCCGCAGUCGCCCACGGGAACUGGUCCCGUGGACCUAUCUAUGCCCCGAAAUGGGCUGCGGCGUGACUCCAUGCGAAGCAGUAUGAGCGUUGUGUCCGACGUUGAGAUGGCGCGAAAUGAGGUUUUCGAUGGCCCAAUUUCAGAAAGCAUUCCAUCGAGUGUGGUAUCUUUCGCUCACCGUCGAAGCCGAGCAGACUCUACCGUGAGUUUUACAUACUUUCAGGACGGAGAAGACUUCGCCGAAUUGUCGAACGAAGAUGCAGUGGACGAUGAAAGCGAGAUCGACGAGGAGUCUCUGCAUGGACUCGGGGAUGCAGAUAUUGAGUCUACUAGAGGAUCCUUUGUGUCCAAGCGGUUGUCGACAUCCCGCGACUCCGUCGAGCACCCUCUGCUUUCUCGCUACAUGUCCGCCAGCUCGUAUGGUCGGGAUCGGAGGACUGGAAGUCGUCUGAACCAAAAGGUUUACAUCGCAACGGAAGACUUGACCGCGGUUUUUGCUGGAUUCUCUACUAGCACCGUUGGUCUGGCCAUCUACAUUGCGUUGUGCAUCUUAACCGGUGGGCUUGCCUACCUUCUUUUCCGGUGGCUACCGCGAUGGCGGGUCAAAUUGAUUGGAAAGGCGACCCCAAUUGGGAGAUGCCAGUGGGUUGCUAUCGAGGACCAAUGGGGCCAAUUUACAAUUCACGAAGUUGGCAGUCAGCCAUACGGACGUCCACUUUCGACGGUCUUUGCUGACUCUUUACUCCACACACUCGACGAAGACGGUGACCCAACGAUCCAGUUCCUGCAAUUCAUUGAUUACAGAUACCUGCGAUUCUUCUACCACCCGAUUGAAGAUAAGUUCUCUUUGAUCACUGGCUGGAAAGAUCCCUCAUGGACCAAUGCCAAGGUCAUGCGAGGGGGGUUGGACGCCGACGAGCGAGACAGUAGAGAGCAACUUUUUGAACGCAAUGCUAUUGAAAUUGAGCAGAAGACUAUUCCGCAGCUGCUCGUUGACGAGGCCUUCCAUCCCUUCUAUAUCUUCCAGAUCGCAAGUUUGGUCCUUUGGUCCAUGGAUGAAUAUUACUAUUAUGCGGUCUGCAUCUUCUUGAUCUCGUUCUUUAGUAUUGGAACGACUGUGCUCGAGACAAAAUCGACAAUGAGCCGACUCAGGGAGAUUUCUCUCUUCGAUUGUGAUGUUCGCGUCCUAAGAAACGGAUUCUGGAGAUCUGUUUCUUCCCAAGAGCUGGUACCUGGCGAUGUAUAUGAGUUUUCCGACCCGUCGAUCAACCAGGUUCCGUGCGAUUGCAUACUGCUAUCGGGUGAUUGUAUUGUGAAUGAAAGCAUGCUCACUGGCGAAUCUGUUCCCGUAUCUAAAAUUCCUCUGACUGACGACGCCCUUGGAUACCUGGACCUUAGUACUCCUUCUAUUCAUCCGAACGUUGCCAAGCAUUUCUUGUUUAGUGGCACCAAAGUCAUUCGAGCUAGACGCCCUCAGAACGUUGACGACGACGAGGCUGUGGCAUUAGCUGUUGUUGUCAGAACGGGCUUUUUGACCACGAAGGGUGCUCUAGUUCGCUCGAUGCUUUUCCCUAAACCGGAUGGUUUCAAGUUCUAUCGGGACUCAUUCCGUUAUAUUGCAGUCAUGGGAAUUGUCGCACUUCUUGGAUUCGUCGCUUCGUUCGUUAACUUUGUGCGGUUGGGUCUUGCUUGGCACUUGAUCAUCAUACGAGCACUCGACCUGAUCACAAUUGUCGUUCCACCAGCUCUCCCGGCCACACUUACGAUCGGAACCAAUUUUGCUCUUUCCCGACUUAAAAAGCAGAGCAUCUUCUGUAUUAGCCCUCAAAAGGUCAACGUCGGAGGAAAAUUAGACAUUGUGUGCUUUGACAAGACCGGAACUCUCACAGAAGAUGGACUGGACGUACUUGGAGCGCGCAUUGUUACUCGUGGUCAAGGAUUCUCGGAAUUGCUCUCGGAGACUUCCGAAGGAUUCCUCACCCCAGCUUCGUCCAGAGACGCCGCAUACGAUAUCGAGAAACAAAAGAAGAUCAUUUACACCAUGGCAACAUGUCACUCCCUCAGGGUAGUGGACGAUGAGUUGCUGGGCGAUCCGCUUGACGUUAAGAUGUUCCAGUUUACCAACUGGACGUUCGAGGAGGGUGGAAACCAUGUUUCUGACCAGACAAGCCCCAAAUACGAUACAAUCACACCAUCUGUUGCGAAACCUCCUGCUAGCGAUCAGCAGGAUGCCAAUAACCCCCUGGAACUUGGAGUGCUACGAAGCUUUGAAUUUGUCUCCCAACUUCGCCGCGCUAGUGUUGUCGUGAGGCAAUUUGGCGAUAACGGAGCUAGUUUCUUCGUGAAGGGCGCCCCAGAAAGCAUCAAGGAUAUCUGUCUCCCAGGAUCACUUCCCUCGGACUACGAAGAUCUCCUGAGCUACUAUACCCAUAAAGGAUACCGUGUGAUUGCUUGCGCCACCAAGUACGAACGGAAAUUGAGCUGGACGAAAGUCCAGAAAAUGACUCGAGAGGAGGCCGAGUCAAACCUGGAAUUCCUGGGGUUCAUCAUCUUUGAAAACAAACUGAAACCGAGUACUGCCGGUGUGAUCUCCGAGCUGAACGAAGCAGGUAUUCGCAACGUGAUGUGCACUGGUGACAACAUCUUGACUGCGAUCAGUGUUGCUCGCGAAUGCAACAUGCUUGGACGCAAUGAGAUGUGUUUUAUCCCCCACUUUGUUGAAGGACCCGGUCUUUCCUCAAAGAUUUCACUUAUAUGGGAAUGCGUGGACAACCCUGACCUUCGUUUGGAUCCUAGAACUCUGAUGCCUAUUCAUACCGCAGAGACCGAUCUCUCCGUUCCAGGAAGCACCUUCAUUGAGCGGGAAUACUCCGUUGCCGUGACGGGCGAUGCUUUCAGGUGGUUGAUUGACUACGGAAACGAGGAUGUCCUUAACAAGGUGCUUGUAUUUGGAAAGGUAUUUGCUAGAAUGUCGCCAGACGAAAAGCAUGAGUUGGUCGAGAAACUACAGUCUCUCGAUUACUGCUGUGGAUUCUGUGGCGAUGGUGCCAACGACUGUGGUGCAUUGAAAGCAGCAGACGUUGGCAUUUCUUUGUCGGAUGCCGAGGCAUCUGUUGCCGCGCCGUUCACUAGCCGUGUCUUCGAGAUUUCAUGUGUUCCAACCUUGAUCAAAGAGGGCCGAGCUGCUCUGGUGACGAGCUUUUCCUGCUUCAAGUUUAUGAGUUUGUAUUCCGCUAUACAAUUCUCUACAGUCAGCUUCUUGUAUACUUCAGGCUCCAACCUUGGUGAUUUCCAGUUCCUUUUCAUUGAUCUGGCACUCAUCAUGCCAAUUGCAAUCUUCAUGGGCUGGGCUGAUCCUGCUCCUACGCUGUCACGGAAACGACCCACUGCUGAUCUGGUCUCGCGCAAGGUCUUGACACCUUUGCUUGGACACAUAUCCAUAGUUGUUCUAGCACAGCUGGCGGUUUUCAAGACUGUUCAGAUGCAGCCAUGGUUUAUGCCACCGCAGUUGGAUCUCGAGAAGAGCAACAUUGUGAAUUCCGAGAACACCUCGCUAUUCUUAUUCUCUUGUUUCCAGUACAUCCUCACCAGCGUCAUCCUCAGCGCUGGUCCACCUUUCCGAAAGGCAAUGAUCCAUAAUGGUGCGCACUUUGUUGUUUAUGACCUGUUCAACCGGAUGCUGACUAUAAUCUCAGUACCAUAUUUAUGCACGAUCAUUGUCGACAUUCUCAUCGCAGCUUACAUGCUGUUCAGGCCUUCGGAAUGGGUGUCCGAAGUGAUGCAACUGACAUUUAUGUCUGAUGGAUUCAGAAGCUGGCUCAUAGCGCUGGCAUUCGGAAUCUUCCUCCUGGCCUGGAUCUCAGAGAAGAACCUCUUCCCACGUGUGGCGCAGAUUCUCGGGGUUGCUCGUGCUCGCCUGCAGCCAGGCUACCGCAAGAAGCGCCGCAUGUACAAGGUAUUGUUGGAGGAGAUGCGCAUGUGA